AUGGACAACAUCAAAGUGGAUCAGUCCGCUACCGAGAAAGAUGUCACACAUGUUGCACUCGGCGAGACUCAUGAUAUCGCAGCCAAUCUAUAUCUGGAAGCAGAGCAGUUAACUGCCGAGGAACUCGAGACUGAGGGCGCCGAGGUGCUGAGGAUUAUUGACUGGAGGAUUAUGCCUAUGUAUUUCCCCAUCACUCAAUACUCAUAUGUUCUAGACAAACUAUCACUGAACUAUGCAUCGGCAUAUUCCUUAAUCCCAGACCUCGGUCUUGAAGGUCAACGAUACUCAUGGGUUGCCGCGAUUUUCAAUUUCGGUUAUCUCUUCUGGGCCCUGCCAGCCAAUCUCCUCAUCCAACGAUUGCCAAUCGCCAAAUAUAUGGGUGGUAUGCUUUUAAUCUGGAGUGUACUCGUUAUUGCACAUGUUGGAGCAAAGAAUUACCCAGGAAUGCUGGUAUUGAGAUUCCUCUUGGGCAUGGCAGAAGCUGGAGUCAGUCCAUGCAUGAUGAACCUGACAUCGAUGUUCUACAAGCGAUCCGAACAACCGUUGCGUAUGGCUGUCUGGCUUAGCGCAAAUGGUAUGGCCACCAUGGUAGGAGCACUACUAGGAUUCGGUCUCGGCCAUUCACAUAACACCGCGCUCCGCAGUUGGCAGUUAAUUUUCUUAACCAUCGGACUACUCAACUUCCUUUGCGCCUGUCUGUUCCUCUGGCUGAUGCCCGACUCGCCCAGCUCUGCGCGCUUCUUGACCCAUCGACAGCGCGUGAUCGCGGUGCAGCGUGUCGCCGAAAACAUGAUUGGAGUGAAGACCAAAGAUAUCAAACCACGCCAGGCACUGGAGAUUCUCUACGAUAUCAGAGUCCUCUGCUGCGCGGGAGUCGGCAUCGCCUGCGGUGUGAUCAACGGCGGUUCAUCGAAUUUCUCAUCAGCCUUGAUCAAAGGCUUUGGCUUCAGCGAGAUCUACACUACACUCCUCCAGCUGCCUACAGGUGCGGUCGAAGCGGUGGUUGUUCCAAUCUGUGGUAUUAUUGCUACCUACGUGAAGGAUUCCCGCUGCAUCGUCCUCGCAGUGGUAUGUUUGAUUCCCUUUGGCGGUCUUCUGGGUAUCCGCUUCACCAGUCUCGACCACCCGUGGACUUUAGUUGGUUGCACCUGGCUGCAGUAUCUUGUCGGUGCUCCCGUCAUUAUUUCGUGGAAUCUACUUGCCACCAAUGUUGCCGGUCACACCAAGCGUGCGGUCGCGAAUGGCCUCUGGUUCUCGCUCUAUGCAGCCGGCAAUGUUGCCGGGGCGAAUAUCUUCUUCGCUAACGAGUCCCCGCGCUAUUACUCGGGUCUGCUCGGCCUGCUCAUUUGCUAUGCGGGUAUCAUUGUUCUGGCAUGUGCGGGAUAUGCGUCAAUGAAAUGGGAGAAUUCGAGGAGAGAUGCCGCAAUGGCUGCAGCUAAUACUAAUGAGACCCCGGAGGAUGUUGUCUCUCAGGCUAUCUUGGAUGGCUUCAGUGAUCUGACCGAUAUGGAGUCCAAGCAUUUUAGGUAUGCGCUUUGA